AGGAGGGAAAGUGGGAAUCAUUACAUCCAUUAAUGAGAAGAAAUAGUUAAUUCCAGUAAAUUUUACAUUUUUUAUCUCUUUACAUACUGUUACAACAACUACAAAUAUGAUAAUUAUAAGUCUCUGGUUACAUGGCAAGAGCAAAGAAAAAAUAAUAAUAAGGACAUAAUAGGUUGUUUAAACUAGAUUCUAAUUAAUGACAUAAAUGUGUAAUAGUUGUACUGGUCACAAUGUAAUAAACAGAACUUUACAUUGGAAAAAACCUGCUCAGACCAUCAGUUUUCCAAUUUCAUGACUAUGUAAGCCAGUUCCUAUUCAUAAUGUUUUUGGCAUUUAUAUAAAUUUAAACAAGCGCCAUUACUCACGCGGUCAAAUUCUCAUUUGAGCUGUCAGUUUAGAACAUAUUCCAUAAACAUGGUGUUGACUUGUCAGAUACAAUUAGUAUCCCUAGCUUUCUUGGUGAUUUUAGUGGUUAAAAGAUCAUUAAAUAACAUUAGUCUAGUGAUUUAGUUUUGGGCCUAGGUACGUGCUACAAGUCUCAGAACUUUGUAAAUUUUAUUAAGAAAGUAUAAGAAAUUUAUUUACUACCGUUUAACCGCCCCCUCCCCCAACAGCCUCAGAACUAGUUCGAUUAAAUAUGGAACAAUAGGGAACUUAUCAUAUAUUUAGAUUCUAAUCAAACUAACCAUCUAACAUCAUGGAAAUGUCUGGAAAUUAUGGUCUUACGAAGGAAACAUAUAUACAAAAUUGGUAUCUGUCUUUAGAAAAUUGACUUUGAGAGGUAUCUCGAUCAAAGAUGAAGUGUUUUACAGAUGGCCUACAGAACAAGAAGGAAGUGCCAGAAAUUGACAAGCUUUAUUGUUUGUAAACCAGAUCUCUCGGUUAGAUUUAUUGAUACAUUCAAAGGAUAUGGGUUAUUUGCAAACACAUUCAUACGAAAAGGAACUCAUAUUGGAAAUUAUGAAGGGGAAUUGAUAUCAGAGAAGGAAGGAAACAGGCGCCUUAACAAAAAUGAAGAAAAUAAAGGAUCUGGUAGUUACCUGUUCUUCUUUAAGGAAAAAGGGAAAACUCUAUGUAUUGAUGCCACUCAGAGUGACUGUAAAGCGAGAUAUAUCAAUGAUGAUCACAGAAGUCCCAAUUCAAAAGUUGUUGCAGAAAAAGAUGCUACUUUAGCAAUUUAUACUAUAAAAGAUAUACCACCAGAUACAGAAAUAACAUUCAACUAUGGUGAUCCUAGUGUCUACUGGAGAAAG